UACUAUUGUGGUAAAAAAUAACCUCUGUGUGUGUAUAUAUUUAUAUUCCAUUAAAAGAAAACACACUUUCCGUGACAAUUGGAGAGUUGUGAAUCCUGUUCCUCAGAAUCUAAUCUAACUCCCAACUUCCUUACCAAUCAGAUUGAUGGGUCAUUGUGCAAAAGCUAUUCUUUUGUGUAACAAAUGGUGGUACGGACAUGGACAACACUGUCACUUGGUUACAUACACAUCCUUUCAAAAUUUCACCCACCGGAAUAAAAUGGACAUCAAGGUGAAGGCGACAACUUCCUCGGAUUCAAAUGCGAAGAAAGCAAAUAUGUUUGCUACCAAAAAGGAGAGAAUUAAACUGCCAACAUAUGAUGAUGAUGUUCUUGGAGGAAAGAAAUGCCACAUCAGUGAAUUUCUAAGCCAGCCUAGUGGAAUUGCAGCAGUGUUGAACACAAAAGCCUUGCAGUCAUUUCAAUCUCUUGAUGCUAACACAUACAGGUGUGAACUUCCUAAACUUCGACUUUUGAGCUUUGAAGCUUCUCCUUUCAUAGAUCUGCGGGUUACAUCAACAGAUGAAGAUUGCUUGGUUGAAAUGAUUUCUUGUAAGUUUGAAGGUUCAGAACUUGUGGAAGAGCAAAACAACCACUUUUCAGCAUUCAUGAUAAAUCACAUGACAUGGGGUGAUGGUGAUGGUGAUGGUGAUGCUGAAUCAUUUUUGGAAGUUGAUGUCAAGUUGAAUCUCACACUUGAGAUCUACACGCCCCCGUUUACCAUGAUGCCUAUUUCAGCUGUUGAGCGUCCUGGAAACAUUGUGGCUAUGUGCAGAAUGAUGCAAGCUUUAGUGGACAAGCUAGUGCCACUUCUACUUCAGCAGAUGCUAAAAGAUUAUGAUGAAUGGGUUCAAAAGCAAUUAUAUUCUCUAAAUCAAUCUUCUAGUUAGGGAAAAAAAUGUUUAAGCUUUUUUUUUAAUAGAGACAACAAGUGAGGGAUAACUUUUUUAUGUUUAGGAAAGAAGGGAGAGAGUGAAAUGAAUAGUGAGCAUUUGGUUUCUUGGAAGUCUGUGUUUAGAGUUAAGACUAUCCAUGUAACAUUAAGGAUUUGGAUUCUCUGCAUUAAAAAAACACCUAUAUUUACACGCAUUAAUUGAUUCCUAUUAAUGGUUUGAGAUGAA